GCCGCCUGCCUUGUGCUCACCGCGGCCAGGGGCUGCGGGUGCAUGUUGAGCGGCGACCCCCAGGCUGGCACCGUCUACCUGGCAUUGGUUUUGCAACUGUCCUUGUGGGGGAGUUUGUUGGCCGUUUGUUUCUGUCUGGGUUUUGAAGUGCUGGGAGUUGAGGUCGCCGCUCCAAAUGUUGGAGUGACAUCCCUGGAUACCUCCAACCAGCUGUUCCUUUCAGAUAAUGCACCGAACUUAAGCUGCAGCGGACUGGUGUAGAGGCGCCCCUCGGGCCCUCUGAUCGGGUGGUCGUUGGUGAUUUGCUUCUGGAGUCGUUUUUGGAGUCAAGCGCUGCAUGCCUAUGGCCCCGUAGGAAUUGCAGAAGCUCUGGGGCUUUUUCCCAGAUUGUGCAGAAUCAGCCCGACGGGGCGUGGGGUACCGCAGUGGCCGGCUGCCCUGCGGAGGUGUGGGGGCGGGGCUUCAGUUUCAGGGACAGCUUCGCAGACGCUCAGAGGUCGGUCCAGUGGGGCUGAGGUCCCGGCGCGGGGUCCAGCUUUUCCAGUUGCAGCAAUGUAAGAGAAAUCUGCAUGUAAACGUGGGGUGCUGGCCUGCCUUUGGGGGGCGCCACUUUAGCAGCGAACUGCAGGCCUCUGCUCCAGCCCCUGCCCCACAGUCAGACUGUCUUUGUCAGCUGGGGUCGUCCCACUUCCUGCCACCUGGCCUCUCAGGAAAGCAGUGGCAUUAAGUAAGGAAGGAGCUUAACUCUUUUUGAGCCCGCUUUGUUUUCAGCUCUGUUUGCCUCAGAUCUUCUUUCCUUGGAAAGCCAGUCUGGUCAAGUGUCUCAGGGCAGCAUUUUGGCAGAAUCAUCGCUACUUAAAGGGGCUUCUGGACUCGCAAUCUUAAUGUACCAGAUUAUUGAGCAGCCAAUGAAUGCCUCAUUCUCAUUGUUUAAGGUGCUGCUUUGAUUUUUUUUUCAAUUCUUUGUACUAUUUUUGAUUUUUUUUGGAGAGGCAUUUCCCCAAAUUUGGAUGAGGUAUUUGUUGAUAAAUAAUUCAUCAAUUUCCACCACACGGACAAAAAUGCCCCCCUAUAGUGGAAAAAUAAAACAAGGAGGAGAAGAGUUUGAGGAAUGGAGAAUUUCUUUAGAAUCCCGUUAAUCCUAGUGACAGAAGUUGAGAAAAUAAAUAAGACGGUGAGGUAACAAAUGUUAAAAAAAAAAAAAAAAGUUAAGGGUAAUAUUGCAUUGUUUGCCACUUUAAAAUGUAUCUGAAACAUUUGUUCUUUAAUCUUAACUGUGGAGAAGUCCAAGAACUGGAAACCUGGGCAGUGGGUUUUGAUUUCUAAGGAUUUGAUUUCAAUUUUACAGGCUGUGCAAGGCUAAACCUCCCAGUGAGAGCCCACUGGGGUAUCCAGUAUUGACAUUUGCAUAUCUUGCCUGUGGUCUACAGCCCUCACUAUUUUAGAUCUUUGGUGAAAAAUCUUUAGAUUCGGAAGAGAAAAAUAAAAGAGUCAGAAAAGCAAAAAGAGAUAACACCUCUUUUGUUUAAAAUCUUCCUCCUGCCCAUCUCUUUCCAUCUGAUUGUGGCAGGCACUGUAGCCGCAGCUUUGGUGUUGUCGGAUUGCAAGGGGCAGGUAUUGAAAGACCUGGCUCCUAGGCUAAACUUUGCCCCUGAAUAGCUGUGGGAUCUAAGCAGUACCUGUAACUCCAUUGCCUUAGCUGCACACUAAGGUAAUAGUGUGGUUUCAAGGAAGGAAAUAAGGUCAUCUUUGACUUUUAGUCCCUCAUCAAACAUGGUGUUGGCCUUCAUUAGGUGGUCAGGUAGAGCUUGUUGGGUGGGUAGGUGGGGGGAUGGAUGGAUGGACAGACAGAUGGAUGGACAAUAUUGUGAAAGAGACUUUUGCUGUGCCACAAAGGAAAGGUAUAUGUGUUAUUUUUGUCCUGCUAUGAUUUUGCCCAAUUUCACCUGUAGAGGAUGGCUGAUAUCAAAGGAAAACACCGUCCGAUCUGGAGAGUGACUCCCCCUAUGCCUUUCCCAGCAAUCAGAUUAAGAAUCCCAAUCUAAAACUGUCACCAGAAAACUCCUCAGGAGAAACCAUGGGUCAUCUAAGUCCAACCUCUCUUGAGUGGGCCACAAGAAUUUAGACCACCUUAUCAAUGGCGUUAAGGGAGCCUAGACCCACCCAAGAGUAGCUACCCUAAAAUCUAGGUUUCUUCUCCUCCCUCUUCCAGAGGUUUAACAUUUUAUCAACUGGAGAGUUGCCCUGAUAAAUAGGUUGCUGCAGAAGUGGAAUUAACAAUCACUGAAAUUUCCUAGGGGAUGUCUUUGUGCUCUGAAAACAUCUUCAUCGUCUUGGAAAUUAGGAAGUGUGGCCAGGCACCCAAAAAGGGCUGGUGAACCAGAGCUGGCUCUCCACACGGCUCCAUACUGGAGAGAUCCCAUAUUAUGUUAAUUCACAUCAUCCUGCGCUGUUGGCAUGGGUUGUCGUUGCUGGUCUUUGCCCCCUUUCCUCCUUCAUUUGCUGGAGUGGCCUCCUGGUGGAAACUUAUUCCUUGUCUGCUUCUAGACUUUCAUUCCUUCUACUAGUUGCUUACGCUUAAAGAUUUCAGGGUGAAAACUGGGCAGACAUGCAUCUGUGUUAGGACCUGGAGGGUGAUGACAGAAUUUUAUUGGCAGUUGAGUUGAAAUGAUUGAGCUCCAAUAUCUGUUCUUGGAAGUAUAGAAUUUAUUGUUCUGUUAUUAUUUUGCGAUUUUUCAUUUUUUGUUUUUGUAGAGACCCAGGUCUCAGUAUGUUACCCAGGCUGGUCUCAAACUCCUGAGCCCAAGUGAUGCUCCCACUUCGACCUCCCAAAGUGCCAGGAUUACAGGCAUGAGCCACCGUGCCCAGCCUAUUAUGAGUCUGUUUCUUAUUCUGAUAUGAAGUCCGGUGGGGAAGUUCUGAAGGAAUGUUGACUGCUCUUAAAAUUGCAGCGCAUCUUGCUGGAAGUGGUUUUUUUUGUUGAUUAGAAAACAUUCGGCUUUAACUCUUUAUAAACAUUAGAAUAAACUUUAUGAAUAAACACUUAAAUACUUCUCUUUGGGGCUAAAGAGGAAACACCAACCAGCAGCCUAAAUGACAGCAUAAAAUUGCAAGAUUUUUCAUAAAAUAGUUUACCAGCAUAGGGAGGGAGUGAUUACUCAAGAGUUUGCCCAAGAGCAGGGUGGCUUGGUGGUGGUCUGAAGGGGAGGAGCUACAGACUUGUCAGGGCUAUGUUGAGCCCUUAACUGGCAUCCGGUACUCCCCAAAUCCAGUGCUGUUCGGCGUGGUCUCAGAAUGAAACGGGAGCUUCAGUUGAUUUUGAGGAGCAGUACCUGUUGCUGACAGACAGGCUUGGCUCCCUGACAAACGUUACUGAAAACACGGGUUAUUCCCCUCCUCCUCAGUACCCACUCUCUGCCUUCCGUCCCUUGUUUAGACUAAUCUUUUAAAGUGAUGUAACUUAAAACAGCCCAGUGUGAGUUAAUCUCUGGGCCAGCUAGUAUCCCGGGAGUAGAGGUGCUAAGAUCUUUUGCCUACAGAUCAGGGUAAUGACAAGAUCAAACACUGGGGUUUCCUGCAGACAGGUAUAUAGGAGUCAUAUCAAAGUCAGGCUAACGGAAUGGCUUUUUUUUUCUUUCCUUUUCAGGUGUUGGAGAGCACAAUGGCUGAACAGGUCCUUCCUCAGGCUUUGUAUUUGAGCAACAUGCGGAAAGCUGUGAAGAUACGGGAGAGAACUCCAGAAGAUAUUUUUAAACCUACGAAUGGGAUCAUUCAUCAUUUUAAAACCAUGCACCGAUACACACUGGAAAUGUUUAGAACUUGCCAGUUUUGUCCUCAAUUUCGGGAGAUCAUCCACAAAGCCCUCAUCGACAGAAACAUCCAGGCUUCCCUGGAAAGCCAGAAGAAACUCAACUGGUGUCGGGAAGUCAGGAAGCUUGUAGCGCUGAAAACGAAUGGUGACGGCAAUUGCCUCAUGCACGCCACUUCUCAGUACAUGUGGGGUGUUCAGGACACAGACUUGGUACUGAGGAAGGCGCUGUUCAGCACGCUCAAGGAAACAGACACGCGCAACUUUAAAUUCCGCUGGCAACUGGAGUCUCUCAAAUCUCAGGAAUUUGUGGAAACGGGGCUUUGCUAUGACACUCGGAACUGGAAUGAUGAAUGGGACACCCUUAUCAAAAUGGCUUCCACAGACACACCCGUGGCCCGAACUGGGCUUCAGUACAACUCACUGGAAGAAAUACACAUAUUUGUCCUUUGCAACAUCCUCAGAAGGCCAAUCAUUGUCAUUUCAGACAAAAUGCUAAGAAGUUUGGAAUCAGGUUCCAAUUUUGCUCCUUUGAAAGUGGGUGGAAUUUACCUGCCUCUCCAUUGGCCUGCUCAGGAAUGUUAUAGAUACCCCAUUGUUCUCGGCUAUGACAGUCAUCACUUUGUGCCCUUGGUGACCCUGAAGGACAGUGGGCCUGAAAUCCGAGCUGUUCCACUCGUUAACAGAGACCGAGGAAGAUUUGAAGACUUAAAAGUUCACUUUUUGACAGAUCCUGAAAAUGAGAUGAAGGAAAAGCUCUUAAAAGAGUACUUGAUGGUGAUAGAAAUCCCCGUCCAAGGCUGGGACCAUGGCACAACUCAUCUCAUUAAUGCUGCAAAGUUGGAUGAAGCCAACUUACCCAAAGAAAUCAAUCUGGUAGAUGAUUACUUCGAACUUGUUCAGCAUGAGUACAAGAAAUGGCAGGAAAACAGCGAGCAGGGGAGGAGGGAGCUGCUUGCCCAGAAUCCCAUGGAACCUUCCAUGCCCCAGCUUUCUCUCAUGGAUGUAAAAUGUGAAACGCCCAACUGCCCCUUCUUCAUGUCUGUGAACACCCAGCCUUUAUGCCAUGAGUGCUCAGAGAGGCGGCAAAAGAAUCAAAACAAACUCCCAAAGCUGAACUCCAAGCCAGGCCCUGAGGUGCUCCCCGGCAUGGCGCUCGGGGCCUCUCGGGGAGAAGCCUAUGAGCCCUUGGCGUGGAACCCCGAGGAGCCGGCUGGGGGGCCUCAUUCAGCCCCACCGACAGCACCUAGCCCCUUUCUGUUCAGCGAGACCACUGCCAUGAAGUGCAGGAGCCCCGGCUGCCCCUUCACACUGAACGUGCAGCACAAUGGAUUUUGUGAACGUUGCCACAACGCCCGGCAACUUCGCGCCAGCCACGCCGCAGACCACACCAGGCACUUGGAUCCCGGGAAGUGCCAAGCCUGCCUCCAGGACGUUACCAGGACAUUUAAUGGGAUCUGCAGUACUUGCUUCAAAAGGACUACGGCGGAGGCCUCCUCCAGCCUCAGCACCAGCCUCCCUCCCUCCUGUCACCAGCGCUCCAAGUCAGAUCCCUCACAGCUCGUCCGGAGCCCCUCCCCGCAUUCUCGUCUCAGAGCUGGAAACGAUGUCCCCGCUGGCUGCCUGUCUCAAGCUGCACGGACUCCAGGGGACAGGGCGGGGACGAGCAAGUGCAGAAAAGCUGGCUGCAUGUAUUUUGGGACUCCAGAAAACAAGGGCUUUUGCACCCUGUGUUUCAUCGAGUACAGAGAAAACAAAUAUUUUGCCGCUGCCUCAGGGAAAGCCAGUCCCACAGCCUCCAGGUUCCAGAACACCGUUCCAUGCCUGGGGAGGGAAUGCGGCACCCUUGGAAGCACCAUGUUUGAAGGAUACUGCCAGAAAUGUUUCAUCGAAGCUCAGAAUCAGAGAUUUCAUGAGGCCAGAAGGACAGAAGAGCAGCUGAGAUCGAGCCAGCGCAGAGAUGUGCCUCGAACCACACAGAGCACCUCAAGGCCCAAGUGCGCCCGUGCCUCCUGCAAGAACAUCCUGGCCUGCCGCAGCGAGGAGCUCUGCAUGGAGUGCCAGCGUCCCAACCAGCGGAUGGGCCUGGGGGCACACCGGGGCGAGCCUGCCCCUGAAGAACCCCCCAAGCAGCGCUGCCGGGCCCCUGCCUGUGAUCACUUUGGCAAUGCCAAAUGCAACGGCUACUGCAACGAGUGCUUUCAGUUCAAGCAGAUGUAUGGCUAACCGGAAACAGGCGGGUCAGCUCCUGCAGGAAGAGGAGCCUCGAGCUGCCAGUCAUCAUGGUGCUAUCCUCUGAACCCUCAGCUGCCACUGCAGCGGUGGCUCAAGGGUGUCUGAGCAGGAGAAGAAACAUAAGCUCUUCGUGGUGCCCAUGAUGCUCAGGUUUGGUAACCGGGGAGUGUUCCCCGGUGGCCUUAGAAAGCAAAGCUUGUAACUGGCAAGGGAUGAUGUCAGAUUCAGCCCAAGGUUCCUCCUCUCCCAGCAAGCAGGAGGCCAGGAACUUCUUUGGACUUGGAAGGUGUGCGAGGACUGGCCAAGGCCCCUGCAUCCGGCCCAUGUCUUGGCUGAGAAGGGAAAAGACGUGCAGUCAGGUGGGCUGGGGAAGCCAGAGCCAUUCUCCCUGCUCUCUCCCAGCAUGUCCUGGUGAUGUGAAGCCAGAUGCUCAUGGCAGCAAGGCCCUCUGCGAGAAUCUCAAGGAAGUUCAGGGAAAACGGGCGUAUUCAGAGAGUGGUUGUAGUUCGUGGUUUUUCCCUACCGGCCUGGUUCCUUUCCUAAGGACCCGGCAGAAAUGCAGAACCAUCCAUGGACUGUGAUUCUGAGGCUGCUGAGACUGAACAUGUUCACAUUGACAGAAAAACAAGCUGCUCUUUACAAUAUGCACCUUUUAAGAAUCAGAGUAUUUUAGUGGGAAGACGUGUAACUCUUUGGGUUAUUAUUGUCUUUACUUCUAAAGAAGUUAGCUUGAACUGAGGGGUAAAAGUGUGUACAUAUAUAAUAUACCCUUACAUUAUGAAUGAGGGAUUUUUUUAAUUAUAUUGAAAUGCUGCCCUAGAAGUAUAAUAGGAAGGCUAAAUAAUAAUAACCUGUUUUCUGGUUGUUGUUGGGCAUGAGCUUGUAUAUACACUGCUUGCAUAAACUCAACCAGCUGCCUUUUUAAAGGGAGCACUAGUCCUGUUUGUAUAACUCAUUUUAUUUAUUUUAUUACAAACUUCAAGGUUAUUUAAGUGAAGAUAUUUCUUCUGCUCCAGGGAAAAUGUUGCAGUGUCCUCUUGAGAGAACACUUUGCUUUGCUUGAGGUUGUGGGCAAGUUCCUGACCACAGGGAGUACACUGGCCUCUUUGAUAUGCUUUGCCUCCCCAGGAAAGAAGGAAUUGCAUCCAAGGUAUAUACGUUCAUCAAAGUUUCAUGCUUCUCCUUAUGAAACUCCAGCUAUGUAAUGAAAAACCAUCCUCUGUGUUCUGUUAAUGCCUCUGAGUGUCCUACCUCCUUGGAGAUGAGAUAGAGAAGGAGCAGGGAUGAGACUGGGGAUGACCACAGGGAAAGAUGUGGCCGUUUGUGAGGGGCCACUGAGGUGAGCCUGCCCCCGAAGGCCCCCUACAACAGCACUGCCGCACCCCUGCCUGUGAUCACUUUGGCAACGCCAAGUGCAACGGAAUUUAUUUUCUGUGUUAACACUGUGUCCUGGGGGCUGGGAAGUCCCUUGCCUCCCAUGGUACCCCAGAAUUGGGACAGCAAAAGCCAGUAACCAUGAGUAUGAGGAAAUCUCUUUCUGUUGUUGGCUUACAGGUUCUCUGUGUGCUUUGUGGUUGCUGUCAUAUUUGCUCUAGAAAAAAAAAAAGGAGGGGAAAUGCAUUUUUCCUAGAGAUAAAGGCUGCCAUUUGGGGGGUCUGCACUUAUGACCUGAAAAUAUCUGUGAUUUAUAACUCUACACAGCCUUUCCUCAUAUUAUUAAACAUGCUUUCCCCUUAAAGCUCCCUAGGUUUUUUCCCAGACAAAUCUUUAUAAUUUCUUUCCAAAGAUAUCAAGUAGACUUCAGUGUUUUCACCGAAUUCUCUUAAAGUCAAUAUCUUAAUAUUUUGUAUUGAUCAUUAUUUCCAUUCUUAAUGUGAAAAAAUGGACUUAUUUAUAUUUGUUUUAAAAAGUAUUUGAAAUUUGCACAUUUAAUUGUCCCUAAUAGGAAGCCAUAUAUUGUUGGAUUUCAUCAAGUUUUCAUAAAUAAAUGUAACUUUUCACAAGAGACAACAUUAAAAAAUAAAUUAUUUAAGAAC